GGCUGGCGUUCGUGGCGUUCGCAUAAGUGACGAUUGUCCCCUGCGGUUGUCGUCGAUGAGCACGGUCGUCUACGCGUUGGCGGCAAGGGAGACGACAUCGAUACGUGAGCAUUGGGAAAGGCAGACAACCAUCGUCAGUGCGUGGCUCCCAAGAUAUUGCACAGCCACCGGCGCUGUGAUCUUCCACGUGGCGGUGUUUGUGGAGUGCAGUGGUUUGAUUGACGUGAUGUCAUCGGAAGCGGCGUCUGGGAUGGAUGUUGACGGGGGGGCAGGGCGCGGCGGUUUGACGACGGCGGAGAGGACGGCUAUUGCUGUGGUGGUUAAUGCCGUCCUCUUCCGCUGCCAGAUGGCGAGCAAUGACGCGAACUUCAAAGCGGCUCUUCGUGCACGGUGCAAGCUGUUGGCACUUCCGACGACUGGGCAGUGCUUGGAUGUGGCUGCCAUUUCCGACGCGGUGCUGGAGGUCUGCUACGCGAUGGGGUGCGAGGGGUUUCCACGGGCGACUCCACGGUGGGUGCCUUUGCAGCCAGACCCUAUCAUUGCCUAUGCACUGUACAGGUGGGCCAUGGGGGAGACGUACGACAGCCGGACGUGUAGCUUCGACAUCGAGAGGGCUUCCGGCAUCACGGCGGUGCGUGACGUCACGGCGGCGUUGCUGACUGCUUACCCCGACAAGAUAUCAUGGCCCACAGGUUUGCAGAAGGCGGUCGUGUUGCGCGCCUUCGCGGACAAGGGGUUUCCAAACUGCCAUAGGUGCAUCGACUGCACACAUAUCUACAUCGACAAAUCCGCGAACGCCAACGGUGAGGACUACUGCGACAGGAGACGUUUAUUCUCCGUGCAGGCGCAAGUGGUGGUCGACAUGAACUUGCGUGUGCUGGACGUCUUCGUCGGUUAUCCGGGGAGUGUGCAUGACAUGAGGAUGCUGAACCUGUCGAGUUUGUGGGUGCGCACGGAGUCAGGACAACUUUUCACUGGGCCGCAUGUGAUGCUGCCUUUCGGUGUGCGGACUAAUGGCUACUUGCUCGGCGACAACGGUUAUCCGCAGUCGGAAUGGAUAGUCGUCCCUUACAGCGGUCUCGCGCAAGACCCGACGGGGGCACGCUUCGACAACAAACGGAAGACGGCCAGGGGAGCAAUGGAGAGGGCGUUUGGCAGACUGAAGGGGAUGUGGAGGUUGUUCCUCCGCACCCACAAGUGCAACAUGGACAGCUUGCCGCAACAAUUCGUCGCCGUCUGCAUCCUCCACAACAUACUCAUCGACGCCGGCGUCCCGUUUGAUGACAAUCUGCUGUGGGAGGUGGGUCCAGACGGCGUGCGUCGUAGAGUGGAUCUGGGGAUGCAUCAGCCAUUGAGGCCAGUGUGCAUGGAGUCUUCGACGGGGGACGCGUUGAUAUUGAGGGACGCGUUGGCGGAGCGGAUGAUUGCGCAAUGAGGUUGGUCGUGUUCGCAGUUGGAGACCCCGCCAUGACUGGAACGAGUCUGAGGGACGAAGCUAUGAGAAGCG